UGCAGCUGAAACGCUGGAUCGCUGUACAUUCAAGAACCAUCAGAUCAUCUUAUCACACUUGUCCAUCAACACCUACAAUGUCUAGCAGCGAGCGGAAGGUCGAAGCUUCGGAAAAGUGCAAACAUGUUGCAAAAGGAGCAGCCAAGGCAACCAAGUCCACCCUGAAGAGCGAGCUGCUUCCCAUUCUCAUGAAAUUCGUUAAGGGAUUUUCAAUUCUGUCAGGAGUAUGGCUUGUAGGAUACUACAGGUAUAGCCUGUCGUGGGUGCUACUAGGUCUGCCGAUAUGGCUGUGGACCAGUUACAAACAGAACAAGCAGAUUGAAAAGCGCAUGGUACAGCAUGAGAUUGUCAACAAUGAAAAGGAGGUUAUACUUGCAUCGAUUGAAGACCUGCCAAGCUGGGUGUUCUUUCCGGACGUAGAGCGAGCAGAAUGGUUGAACAAGAUAAUACUGCAAAUGUGGCCAUACAUCAACGACUUUGCCAACCAGAUAAUGAAGGAUAUUAUAGAGCCAAGCAUACGAGACAACCUUCCUUCAUCGCUCAAGUCAUUCAUGUUCGAAAAAUGUGAUCUCGGCGACAUUGCACCAAGAGUUGGCGGAGUCAAGGUAUACACAGACGCUGUGCAUAGGGAUGAAAUUGUCAUGGAUAUGGAAAUAUUCUACGCCGGCGACAUGAACGUCAAGGUGGCCGUCAACAGGAUUCGCUGCGGAGUGAAGAACAUUACGAUGCAUGGAACGAUGCGCUUCGUCUUGAAACCUCUCAUUGGCAUCUCACCGCUCGUAGGAGCCGUCACCGUCUACUUCCUAAACCCGCCCGACAUAGACUUUGAUCUAACGAACCUUGGCAACGUGCUCGACAUCCCCGGCCUGAGCGAGAUCCUGCGCAAGAUUGUUGUCGCUCAGAUCGGAGCGUUUGCCGUCAUGCCUAACAGCAUCACGGUGCCUCUAACGGACCAGGUCGACCUGAAGGAACUCAAGUUCAAACAGCCGAACGGAGUCUUAAGAGUGGAAGUUGUGGAAGCAUCGGAGUUGAAGAAAAUGGACGUAGGGCUUACUGGGAAGGGAAAGUCGGACCCAUAUGCUGUGGUUACUGUUGGUGCUUGCUCAUUCAAGACAGCUGUGAAGAAUAAUACUGUUGAGCCUGUGUGGAAUGCCUUCUUCGAGGCUGUUGUUGGGGAGUGCAAGGGCCAGGCAAUGGAACUGGAGAUCUUUGACCAGGAUCCUGGUGUCAUGGACGACGACUUCCUCGGAAGAGCAAACGUAGACAUAUUGUCAAUAGCUAAGAAAGGUCGUGAGGACACAUGGAUUGUGUUGGACGAUAUCAAGCACGGCAACGUCCACCUGAGAAUGGACUGGCUGUCCCUCAGUGCUGACCUCAAUGACCUUGAAACGAUUAAGGCAGAAAAUAGCAAGCAGUACAUCGAGACGAAUCUGGCAACAGCUAUGCUAAUGGUGUUCCUUGACAGUGCAGGCUCCCUACCGGUGAAAGAUAUGAAAACCUCGAAGCCCCUGGGAAUGCUGAGCAUUAAUCUCAAUGAGCUGCUGAAUGCUCCAGAGAUGGAGAUGAGACAACCUUAUAAGCUGAAGGAAUCCGGCCAGGAAAGCACACUCACUAUUUGGCUGAGAAUGAGGGUUCUGGCUCCCGGCCCUCUCACCACUGCCGUGCCGGUAGCGGCAUGCGAUUAUGAUGCAGUCGAUGAACUGAGUAACGGAGCAGCUUCUGCUAUCGCCGAGAGUAACGGAGUGCCCUCAGCUGCGACAACACCCACAGAAGAAAUGGUGAAGGUUGUUGAAGAACCAAUAGUAGCGGCUACACCUGCAUGGAAACCAGAGAUGUCACCAACAUCUACCAUGGAGUCUGUGCGUCAGAGGAAUGCGGACGGAGUUGCUGAUCAGAAAGGAAAGGAUGAGCAUUUGGGACAGAUUCAGCUCACCCUGAGUUAUAGCAAGGAGCGUAAGCGAUUCAUCAUACUGGUGCAGAAGUGCAGUGAUCUGCUUGCAUGUGACGAUGACGAUUUGGCAGAUCCAUACGUGAGGGUGUAUUUGCUGCCAGACAAGACCUCUAGCAGCAAACGCAAAACCCAAGUGAUAAAGAACACACUCAACCCAGUGUAUGAUGAGACCCUCGAGUAUCCCGGAACAAUUGAUGAGCUGAAACACAAGACGCUGGAUAUCACUGUGAAGAACCAGGUUGGAAUGUUUGCUCGUGGUCGCAACAUAAUCGGUCAGGUUCUCAUUGAUCUUGACAAGUUUGACUUUCAGACAUCGAUCACUAAGUGGUUUGUGCUUACUCCUUCUGGCCGGGAGAUGUCGCCCUAAUCGCUCUGCUGGUGGCAAGUGGGCGCUCGGUUGGUGUGUACCUCUUCUUUCCGUGCAAUCUCCGUCCCGUCUCUCACAUACACAUACGCACGUAACUUGACGUACCGACUAAAAAAGUUUCACAUUCGCGCCGCCUUUAGAUGUUCCGUGAUGAAGACGGGAUGCUUGGUCAGGCGAAAUUGUAGGUGAAUAUUCUGCUGGUGUAAUUUUUAUAAGUUGGGAAGACGCGUUUUUUUAAAUAGAGUAUGGAUCAUCUUCUUGCAUUUGUUAGUUUCUAUAAUGAUUCAGCUGUUAGUUACAAUUGUCGAACGAUACAAGACGAGAACCUAUUCUAAAUGGAUCGCAAUAAAAUGUUUGCUGCUAUUUCAUAUAUACACAGUCCAUGUUCUGAGAAAUAGGCUUGCUAAUUAAUGAAAUAUUUCAUCUGUCAAGUUUGAAUGUCGCAGUGAACGCCCAUAUAUUCAGCACUUGCUAAGCUACGAAAUAAAUCGUAUGAUUAUAUCAGA